UUCUUAACCACAACAAACCUUACCCAUAUAUUAGUACACGCAAGCUUUUAGCCCACCCACAAUUUGUUAUUCCCUUCAUCAUCCAUAAGAUCUUUCUCUUCAAUCCUCUCUCUCCCAAGACACACUCUCUCUCUAUCCAACCACUUGGAGCAGCUUUGGGCUUUGAAAAAAACAUCGUUGGCCAAGAAAACACGGCACAAAUCCCUUCUCAUAUCGGAUCUUGCACGAGGAUCCGAUUUUUAGCAAUCAACCAAUUUAUCCGUGAUAUUUCUUGAUUUCCCCAAUUUUUUUUUCCUGUCUUGUUGCUAAUUUUGUCUGGUUGCAAUGACGAGGAGGUGCUCGCAUUGCAGCCACAACGGGCACAAUUCUCGGACCUGCCCGAAUCGUGGGGUGAAGCUUUUUGGGGUCCGAUUGACCGACGGGUCGAUCCGGAAGAGUGCGAGUAUGGGUAAUUUGACCCAUUAUAUGGGCGGUAGUGGUGGCGGUGGUAGUGGAAGCGCGACCCCGCAAAACGGCGUCGCUCAUGAGUCGCCGGGGGACACGCCGGACCACCCCUCCGCCGGUUCAGGAGCGGCCGACGGAUAUGCGUCUGAGGACUUUGUUGCUGGGUCCUCAUCCAGCCGUGAGAGGAAGAAAGGUGUCCCAUGGACAGAAGAAGAACACAGGUUGUUUCUGGUUGGGCUGCAAAAGCUCGGCAAAGGUGACUGGCGUGGCAUUGCAAGGAACUAUGUCAUCACGAGAACACCUACUCAAGUUGCCAGCCAUGCUCAGAAGUACUUCAUUCGGCAAAGCAAUGUGUCGAGGAGGAAAAGACGUUCGAGCCUGUUCGAUAUUGUGGCCGAUGAGCCACUUGAUGCUUCUUCUGCAGCAAUGUCCCGAGACUUUUUCCCCAUUAACUCUCAGCAAGCUGAUGCCCAAAGCAGCACACCUCCCGUGCCCCCACCACCACUCGCACCUCCCAUGGAAGAAGAAUGCGAGUCCAUGGAAUCUGCAAACUCAAAUGAUGGGGAAAUCGUGAUUCCCCCACCAGAGGGCCCCACGUACCCUUACCCUCUUGUCUACCCUGCUUAUGUGGGCCCAGUCUUCCCAAUGCCAGUCCAGUUCUGGCCCACUGGUUUCAAUCCCGAGCCCGUUAAGGAAGAAGAAGCCCACCAGGUAGUGAAGCCCACAGCCGUGCACACAAAAAGCCCAAUCAAUGUGGAUGAGUUGGUUGGUAUGUCUAAACUGAGCUUAGGGGAAUCUCUGGGUGAUGGUGGGCCCAAUACUCUUUCUCUUAAGCUGGUUGAGGGCUCGUCAACGAGGCCAUCUGCUUUUCAUGCUAGUAAUAAUCCGCCUUCCGAUAGUUCGGGCAUGAAAUCUAGUCACAGUCCAAUUCAUGCCGUUUAGUGAGGGGGAAAAUUUGAACGAAAAAAAAAAGAAAGAAAAAAAAA